UCCCAGCCUCCCUUCCUAGAUAUCCAUCCCACACCUCUCCACCCGCAAACGGCUCCUACGGUGAGAGGAGGAAAAAAAAAGAGAAGAGAGAGCAGAACAGUUUCAAACACGUCGGCAUAAAUCUCACUAUCCAGAGCUCCCUUUUCUCCUUUCCCUCCUGACGGACUUCAUUACUUUAUUCCUCUGCGCGCCAAUGCCCGAGACCACGCCGAAACGAAGGAUUUUUUUCCCUUGAGCAUGAAAAGGAUUGCCAAAUCAUCCGCAAUCCAACAUCACCGACUGAGCCACCAGCAUGAGCACUGGAUACAUAUGCUCCAGCAGAAGUUGUUGGCUAGAGAACUAACAAAUCUUGGACCACAGAUACAGCUAAGAGGGGAGAGUCAGUUUUAGGUCUCCACAUAAUGGAGCGAGAAUGAACAGAGAGCGGCUUAAAAAAAAGCAUGAACUGGAGGUUUAUUGAGGUCAUCUGCUUCCUGUUUAUAUGGGACCAUAUAACAGUUCAGUCUUCCCGCCAGGACCCAUUGGCCACUGAGCAACAUGUCACCAAGCAAUAUGACUGGCUCAUCUCUGACCGUGGACCUUUCCACCACUCUCGGAGUUACCUGUCCUUUGUGGAAAAAUUCCGCCAAGGAUUUACGACCAGAUAUAAAAUUUAUAGGGAAUUUGCACGUUGGAAGGUGAGGAACACGGCAAUUGAGAGACGGGACCUGAUCCGCAACCCCGUGCCGCUCAUGCCUGAGUUCCAGCGCAGCGUACGCUUGCUGGGCCGCAGACCCACCACUCAGCAGUUCAUCGACACCAUCAUUAAGAAAUAUGGAACCCACAUUCUCAUCUCAGCCACCCUGGGAGGAGAGGAGGCACUGACUAUGUACCUGGCCAAAAACAAGCUGGACAGGAAGCUUGCCAACGCUACUCAGAACGUGGAAGCCCUUCAUCAGCUGGCCUCGUCAUACUUCAUUGACCGUGACGGCACGAUGAGGAAGCUGCAUGAGAUCCAGAUUUCCACCAAUGCGAUCAAGGUGACAGAGACACGGACGGGGCCACUGGGAUGCAGCAGCUAUGACAAUCUGGACUCAGUUAGCUCAAUCCUUCUGCAGAGCCCCGAGAGCAAGCUUCAUCUGCAAGGUCUUCAGGUCAUUUUCCCCGAAUAUCUGCAGGAAAAAUUCGUCCAGUCAGCCCUGAGCUACAUUAUGUGCAACGGAGAGGGAGAGUACGUGUGCCGUAACAACCAGUGCAUCUGUCAGUGCGCCGAGGAGUAUCCCCAGUGCAACUGUCCCAUCACCGACAUCCAGAUCAUGGAGAACACCCUGUUGGGGAUGUCUGAGUCCUGGGCUGCCUCUUAUAAAGACUUUGAAAAUUCUGAUGAGUUCAAGUCCUUCCUGAAGAGGCUGCCCUCCACUCACUUCCUGCCCAUCAGCAGUGUGCAUCUCCUGUGGGGCAGCGACUGGGACCUGCAAGCCCGCUACAGGCUCCUCCAGAGCUCCCUGGAGAUCCAGCGGCUCAAGAUCCAGCGUACCGCCCGCAAGCUCUUUGGCCUCAGCAUCCGUUGUCACCACAACCCCAACCACCAGAUGCCUAGGGAGAGGUCUGUAAUGCAGUGGCUCAACAGGGUUCAGUCCUUCCUCUACUGCAAUGAGAAUGGGUUCUGGGGGACCUUCUUGGAGAGCCAAAGGACAUGCGUGUGCCACACAGGUGUCACCCUAUGCCAGCGACCGAUCCCUUGUGUCAUUGGUGGUAACAACAGCUGUGCCAUGUGCAGCCUGGCCAACAUUUCACAAUGUGGCUCCUGCAACAAGGGCUACAAGUUGUACCGUGGCCGCUGUGAGCCCCAGAAUGUGGACUCGGAACGUAGCGAGCAAUUCAUCAGCUUUGAAACUGAUCUGGACUUUCAGGACCUGGAACUCAAAUACCUGUUGCAGAAAAUGGAUUCACGACUGUACAUUCACACUACUUUCAUCAGUAAUGAGAUCCGCCUGGAGACAUUCUUUGACCCUCGAUGGCGUAAGCGCAUGUCCCUGACACUCAAAAGUAACAAAAACCGGAUGGACUACCUCCACAUGAUAAUCGGCCUAUCGAUGAAGAUCUGCCAGAUGCGAAACAGCAGUAUUGAUCCCAUGUUCUUUGUUUACGUCAACCCAUUCAGUGGUAGUCACUCAGAAGGCUGGAGCAUGCCCUUUGGCGAACAUGGUUACCCACGCUGGGAAAAGGUACGACUGCAGAACUCCCAGUGCUUCAACUGGACACUCCUGCUGGGCAACCGGUGGAAGACCUUCUUUGAGACUGUGCACAUCUACCUGCGUAGCCGUGCUAAGAUCCCAACUGGCCUACGCAAUGACACAGGACAGGGCCCUGUGGAUCUCGCAGACCCUAACAAGCGCCAGAUCUACAUAAAAAUAUCUGAUAUCCAAGUGUUCGGCUACAGUCUGCGCUUUAAUGCCGACCUGCUCCGUAGUGCUGUGCAGCAGGUUAACCAGUCGUACACACAGGGAACUCAGUUCUACUCAUCCUCAUCUGUUAUGCUCCUGCUACUGGACAUUAGGGAUCGGAUUAACCGCCUAGCCCCUCCAUCUGCACCUGGCAAACCCCAACUGGACCUCUUCUCUUGUAUGCUAAAGCAUAGGCUCAAGCUCAACAACAGCGAGAUGAUUCGAGUAAAUCAUGCCUUGGACAUGUACAGCACAGAGAUACUAAAACAAUCAGAUCACCUGACUGCUAAACUCUGUUGAACAUAAUAACAUUAACAUAAGGACCGCAAACUAAACACAGACACCCAACAAAUGAACUAUAAGGGGAUAUUAAUCUUAAUUUUGUUCUCUCUUUUUCAUUUUUUGGACCUUUUCUGCCUUUUGAUGUAAUAUUAACUUUGUAAGCAGAAUUCUUAAAGAGCAAAAGGAAAAAGGCAGUGAUGAAAAGCAUUUCAGGCAGAUAAAGAAGAUUAAUGGAACCACUAUAAGGACUGUAUCAUAUUUGUCCCAGCAUGUCUGUCAUUCCCUAAAAGAACUUAAAAGAGAGAGAGAGAAAAAAAUGAAAUAUUAAAUCUAUGUACUGGUGAAAAAGAGGCCUUGAUUUUACUCUGAGGGAUCAAAGGUUAUAUCUGAAACUGCCAUUCUUUACUGAGAAAAAAAUGUUUUUAAAGGAAUAAUGACAUAACACAAGGGCAGACCAGAUAUCCUUUUAUUUCAGCUAAUGUGCAAAAUAUUUCAGACAUAAUGGACAGUUUAAUAUUAAAGAUGUUUAUACAUUGUAAGGAUUAAAUAGCCCUAGUGAGUAAGUAGUCAACACAUUACUUAUAGACUCUUUAUUACAUUUCAAACCCACAGUGAAUCUGCAUCGCUCUUUGUGAGUUAUGAGGCACUCUGUCAUUGUUCUGACACAUAAGGCACACAGCAGGGCAGUAAUGGAUAGUCAUGUCAAAUAACAGAAGCCAGCUGUUUAUAUAUACAUAUAUAUGUGGAUGAAUGUGUGUGUAUGUGAGUGAGCAAAUGUGCGCAUACCUUUUUUUGGCUUGAUGCUUAUUGCUGUUCGUUAAUUGAAUGUGUCAUUUGAGAUUGACUCCAGUCUUAAGCUGAAUCUUGCAUUUGGAGCGCUUCUUCCCGUGUUUGAAAUUCAAGCUGUGUUUUUUCACAAGGCAGUACCUCCUGGUGCGUGAGUGCAAUAUUGUGGUCUGAAGAUUUAACAAUCAAUGCUAUUUUGUACAGCUUUGCAAAAUGUACACGUUGUGACUGCUGAUUUGUGGAGCUUUUCAGCACCAAGAGCAAAAUGUAAACAUUCAUCAUUCAGGCACAUUUGCAAGACAACCUAAAGCCAUACACUUCCCUGAGGUAGACAUACAGUAAGACAUAAAAUUCAUCCCUGUUUCACAUAGUACUUACUUCACAACAAGGAAAAAAAUGUUCCAUUUGUAUGUUUUUGGUUUAUUCUCUCAGUUGAUUUCAGAUAAGAGCACAGCAAAAAGGCAGAUGAUGAGAGAUGGCAUAUAUGUUGGAUAAGAAUUUUGCUGAAAGCCACUGAAUUUUGAUGUUGUGUCACAGGAAAAAAAAAUAGGAAAAGGUUAUAUUAAAGCUUAAAAUACCUUUUUGGCAGUGAUUAAUCUGUAAGCGUUUAUGCCCAUGUGUAAAAAUGUCUGUGUUUCUUUCAAGAUAUGAAAUUGAACUUUUUUAUUUUCAUUUUUCGCAUGUUGCUGGAAACAUCAACGGACCUGCAACACUCUCAAUCAUCAAACUGAAAUAUGAAACACUACCUAUGUAUUGUUGGUUACACUUUAUUUGGGUAAUCUGAUGAUGAAGCAUUGCUAAUACUGAUGAUUUUUGUGGAUCCAGUUCAUUAUUUGCAUGUUUGUUAACAACAAGAAAGGCAAGGUCUCCCAUGUCAUACAACCAAGCUUUUCUGGCCAUACGUGGGUUCGAACUUAAAAAAGGGGUGACUUCAUUUUGCUGCUUCACCGAAACUCUGGAAAAACCCUCCUCCUAGUGUAAAAGCUGUCAACACAGUUGCAAACUUUUAGAAUAACAUCUAAAAACCUUUACUUUUCCAGUUUUUCUUCUUGGUUUUUUAUGUCCAUAAGUCUCUUGAUGUAGCUAUUGUUUGGUUGCCUUGUUUUUUUUGUUUUUUUUUUUUCUUUAAUUUUAUGUACCUUUAAAUAAUUGUUGUUGUUUCUUUGCAUUGUGACAAGAUUACUUGGGGGGUUAAAUGUAAGCAGGGGUAUGUAAUAUAUCUGGGGACAACCAUGAUGGGUUGGAAUGCAAUUGUGGGCGGGAACAUCAGUAAAACCAGAGACCAGGCUUGCAAUUCUUAAUACAAUUCAACACCUCCUGAAUCAAAGUGGUCAAAGUUGGUGCAGUGAUUCAACCAACAGAUUGCAACAGCCCUUGAACAAAACCUUAGGGUCAUACAGUGGCUUAAUAAAGGCUCCUUCACUUUUUGCACUAUUUAUUAUGUCUAUAUUUUGAUUUUAAAUAGAUAAAAGUGUCAUUUUUUCCCAUCAGUCUACAUACACUAACCCAGGGUUUUUUGUAAAUUUAUUAAAAUAACUGAUAUCUCUCAUUCACCAAAGUAUUCAGACCUUUUGCUGUGGCUCCCCAACCUGUGGUCAGGUGCAUCCUGUUUGCUCUAAUUAUCCUUGAGAUGUGUCUAGAACCUCAGUGAAGUCCACCUGUGGCAAAUUGAGUUGAUUGGUCAUAGCUUUGAAAGGCACACCGCACGUCAGGACAAAAACCAAGCCAUGAAGCCAAUGAGUUCUUUGUAGACCUCCUUGAUAAAUGCUAGGGCAAGGGGAAAAGUUACAAAACAAUUUCUGAAGCUUUGAGUGUUCCCACAGUGGCCUCAUUAAUUGUGAAAUGGAAUAAGUUUGGAAACACCAGGACUCUGAUUAACUGGGCAGGAGGGACAGUGGUCAGGGAGGUGACCAAGAACCAAACGGUCACUCUUAACAGAGUUUCAGAAGUCCUCUACAGAGACAGGAGAAUCUGCCUGAAGGACGACCGUCUCAGCCUUCCAUCAAUCAAGCCUUUAUGGUAGAGUGGCUAGAACGGACGCCACUUUUACUAAAAGGCAUUUGACAGCCUGACUGAUGAGACAAAAAGUUAACCCUUAGAGCAGAAUUCCAAGCACUAUGACUGUGUCUGACUGUCCCUCUAAAAACAUGUUUUUACACUUGGUCAUUAUUGAGUGUAGACUGAUGGGCAAAAAAAUGGCAGUUUUAUCCAUUUACAAUUAAAAGUAAUCCACAUUAAUGUGUGAGAAAAGAGAAGGGGUCUGAAUACUUUCUGAAGUCUCUGUAGCUCUGUCGGCUGCAAAAUUCACUGCAUCCACAAUCACAACUUCAACAGUUGUCUCUAGAUGUGUAGGCAAGCAGAAUCAUGUAUGACUUUCCUUAUGUUUUGUCUUUUUGUGAAACUCUUUUAAUGCUCAAGAGGUGCUUGAUAAAUAACAACUUAGUCAAACUGCAAAACAGUUUACUGAUUUCCAGGGUAUAUUAGCCCAUAUUUGGUGGCCAGUUUAGUACAACUUAGGGAUAAGCUUGUCAGGCUCAGCUGUGUGUUGUUAAAUUAAUCUCACAGUACUUUCAUCAGUCUUUAUCUUUGUCAGGUUAAUAGCUCAGCAUCUCCAAAGCUGUUUUCUAAGAGUGAUCAGCCAUCAUUGCAGUGUUACUGUUUCAAAUGUGUAAAGGAUGACAGCCCUGCCCCAAAGUAACCAGCAGCAGAAGCAAGGAAGGAGUUCUCCUGGACCAGUGGAUAGCAGUAAAAUGAACUGUAUCAUGACCAGUGCAACUGCUUGGAUGUAGAUGGGGGUGGGUGGGGGUGGGUGGUGGGAGGGCGGGGGUCAGUGAGCUGUUUUCAAAGAUCCAUGGUAUUGUUGGAGUUUAUCAGGGUCUGUUAUGAAUUUUGAGCUUAUUAGCUUGCUAACAUUUGCACGCCAACUGUAAGUCCUAAUAGAUUUGUUAAAGCUGAUGCAGAGCUAAUUUUGACAUACUGAAGCUAAGCCUAACAAGCCUGAGAUGGCCACAAUCCUGUAAUCAAUAGAGACGCAGUAAGUAGGGGAAAUGAUUGUUCAGCAUCAACAUUGGAGUAUCCAAAUGAAUUGUUACCAUUCUAUUAUUAUUAUUAUUAUUAUUAUUAUUAUUAUUAUUAUUAUUAUUAAGUGCCUGUUAUCUAUCCCUUUAACAUGUUUAGAGCUGGAAAAAACUUUUAGAUGUUACACAGAUGAGUGACACUGACUUAGCUUCAGAAUUUAAGACCAUACAUGAUCAAAUACACACUUUUCAUCUCCUCCUGAGGACUAAGCUUUGAGGAGGUUUGUGCAUGUCAGGGGAGGUCAACUACCAGACAGAGACAAAGAAUGAUUUGAAGUAAUGGUGGAUAUUUUUUUGUCCCCUGUUGUACAGUAUACCUGUAAAUAUUAACUCUGUUACAGUAACAACGCUCUGCUACAGUAACAAUAUUAUAAAAUAUAACAGUAUUGAAAGGGAAUACAAAGACUACUUCAAAAAAAGCCCUACAUUUGAGUACGUUAGCACAAAGUACAGGGCACCCAUGUCUUAUGUAUCGAAUUAGAUUCAUGACAAUUUAUGACUGUUUUUAUAUUGUCAGAACAUACUGUACAUUACAAUUUAGUUUUGAGCCACUUGCAAGGUCCAUAAAACAAGCACAUUUACUCGUAUGGCAUUAUGCUACCACAGUGUUGCUUACAUGUAUCCAUGACUAUGUCUGAAGAUUUUUACACCUAAUACCUUGCCUAUGUACUUUUUUGCUGUUCUGUUGGGAUCAUUAUAUCAGCUUAUUUCAAAUGAAUGUUUCAUAUAAUAAUCUAUUUCUCAUUAAAAGGCUAUAUUUAAUAAGAAGA